AUGGAAAAUCUUUCAGUUUUAGUUCUUGAUCAGGAUCCGGUUUCCCUGUGGACCAUCUCCAAUAUGCUUGCUAGAUUCAACUUCAAAGUUCUUCCUUUCCAUACACCGGAAGAGGCCCUAGAUUCCCUUAAAAGGGGGGUUGCUAAAGAUAAGGAGCUUGAUUUGAUAGUAGCGGAAGUUCAUCCUGGCAAUACAGAGUUGGGCACCUUGGUGCUGUUUUACCACAUCCUGAAUGAACUUGAAGUGCCUCUCAUCACUAUGUGUGCCUAUGAUGAGGCAGUCUCUGCACGUAUGACCCUUGGAACAUGCUUCAAUGUGGUUAAGCCGUUGGAUACUGAAACCAUCAAUGUUCUGAGGAUGAGAGCACUGCAACACAGGUCUAUUAAAAAUCACAAGUCUGAAACUGAGGAUGAAGAACAAGAUGCGUUGGACGCAAAUGUCUAUUCCGAUAAUCUGGGUCGGUUCACGUGGAGCAGUGAGCUCCAUGAAAAGUUCUUGCAGGCUGUUGAAGUGCUUGGGGCGUCUGCCACGGCUGGAAAAAUUCACCAGUACAUGAAUGCCAAGGAUUUGAAUUUGACCAGACAGCAUGUCGCAAGCCAUCUCCAGAAACACCGGCUGCGGGCGCAGAGGUUAUCUCAAGGUUAUCAACAUUAUGCCAGCAUGAAAGAAUUAUCUGAGAUGAUUUCAUCGUCAUACAAGUUAGCCAGUGCUAAACCCAAUAAUUAUCUGGCAACAACCCAGACGCAGUUCACACAUGGGGUUGCCUCUUCUAUCUGGGACAAGUACCCUGGGAUCGUGUGGCCACAUGUGGAGGGAAGUUCAGCUGCCUCUGCUAUGUGGUACAAAUACCCCGGAAAGCCGUGGGGACAAGUGGGGGAGAGCUCGGCCAGAGCAGAAGUUUCCCAGAUUAAUGCAGGCCCACCUUCUGUUCUGAUACAUGGUACCAAGUCCAUUUGGGACCGGUACGAGGAGAGCCUGCAGUACUAUAAUGGGAGCCCGGCAAAUAAAUGUGAGGUGCUGCCUGUGAAGAGCAAAACACUUGAUGUAUAUGGAUGCAAUAUUUUCAUCAACCUGGAGAGAGGGGAGACCAGUCGUACGGAAGCAGCAGGCAAGAUUGUCAUCGGCCUGGAGAGCGAUGACAUGCACGAAGGCAGCAUGGAAAACGUGCAUGCUGCAGUUACUCCGCAGAAAGAUACCAUGGAGAAGGUGCGUGCCGCAGUUACUCCGCAGAAAGAUGCCAUGGACGAGGUGCACGCUGCAGCUAUUCCGCAUGGAGUGAAGGAGGUGCCUGCUGCAGCCAUGGGCGCUGGUGAUCUGAUGGACCUUGGGAGCGAAGCCCUGCUUGACGGUAUGGACAACUACCACCCCAGUGCAGAGAAUGCGCAGUCUGAGCCUUUCAGUGACUCGGAUUGGGAUGAGUUGGAGAAAUUCUGGAUGAACCAGAUGGAAGGACAGGGCCAGGAGCAGCAAGGCCUCGUGCCAUUGGAUCUGCUCCUGGUAGACGGCAUUGCGCCAGAUGAACUGCUCCAGGAAGACGAAGCCUGGAACCAGGCGCUUCAGCCGGCAAACCCGGCGAACGUCGUCAACAACACACCCAUAGCUGAAGAACCCGCCACUGGAGAUGCCCUGGUGUACGAUCUUGCGAACCAAUCCGGCGUCGCCGACAACGUGUUCUGGGUCUGGAGCCCCCAGUUUGCGGGCGACGACUACGGCAUGCCGUUCUAG